AUGAAUCCCGUUGCAGCAGCACCAUUUGUCUUCCUCUCAACACUGUCUGUGCUACAAUUUGUCCUCGUUGCAGGCCAUGAAAGUCAAGGCACAAACGGCGGCAGCAAAGCAGGCGUGGUGAAUAUGAACCUCAUUCAACAAGCAUGCCAGCAUGCGCCUCACAAGGACCUCUGCAUCAACACCCUCAAGAACGACCCCAACAGCAAAGGAGCUGACCUCACCGGCCUCGCCUACAUCGCCAUCAGGCUCGCCGGCGCAUACGCCUCUGAAGUGGACGCGCACUUGAGAUCACUGCUCAUAAACAACGCCACCACCUUAUCGCCGGUGGUCCAGCAGGGCGUCGCCGACUGCAUUGAGCAUUACUCCGACGCCAACGAGCAGCUCGACGACUGCGUAGCCGCCAUGUCCACCAAGAACUACAAGGACGUCGAAGUCUGGGUCAACGUUGCCAUUUCUGACGCUGACUACUGCGAUAACUCGUUCUCCGGAGAGAAAAGCGUCGUUUUACAGAAGAACGAGGCGUUUCGCCAGUUGUGCAAUAACGUUUUGGCCGUCGUCAAGGCCUUGCCACCCCACGGCAAGGAGUGA